AUGCUGCGAGGCCUGACCGAGAGGCCAAAUGUACAGUCCACCUUAAUCCUUUCUCGAAAAGAUGGGUCUAUUAUAAGAGUGACAGGCAUUGCCGCCCCUGGGGAGAGGGGGUCUUCAGCAUCUGCCACAGCCUACCAAUGGCCGCAGGUCGAAAAGUCAAAGGGAGCCGCAGAUGCGUCAGAGCAAGGGCGGUCCGCUCUUGCCAAUGAAUCAGAUGAGCCAUCAGAUGUCCACAAUGUUGACAAACCAGUGGAACGGUUGGCUUCAUCUAUCUUUCAAUUUGUGAACAACGCCAACGUUAUGGGUGCAACGCUUGGUGCAGCUUCCCGAAAUACGCAACGUCCGGAGGGAACGUACACUGGAGCUGUCUAUGGCGAGGCCAAAACUGUUCAGGAUAAAGAGCGAAACACUGAAGAAGAUGCAGAAAAUGGAAAUAUUGAUGAUGAAGUCCAGUUGCUCAGACUGCGCACAAAACACCAAGAGAUCAUCAUUUUCCCUGACUCCAACUACAUCUGUUGCGUGGUGCAAAGGAUCGGCAAGAUUGCAAGCGGUCAUGACAGAAGAUAG